AUGGGCCAACGUGGGCCAUGGCUGCACACUUCUCUCCUCUGGGCCGCGGUGGCCAGCCUGCUCCUCCCCCCUGCCGUGACCCAGCAGCUGAGAGGGGCUGGGCCAGGCCCCAGCAACUGGAACAACAAUGCGGGAGUCGUGGGGCCCUCAGAGGACGUGUCAGGUGAGUUUGGCCACCCCAUCCACAGCCACAGAGGCCAUGGAGAUGCGGAGGAGGAUGUUUCCACAGAGAGCGAGUAUCAAUUCUGGAGCCACAGAGACCACGGAGAAGAGAACGAAGAUAUCUCCGGGGAAUACAGUCACCGAGCCCGAGACCACAGGUACCAAGACCACGAGGUCAGAGACGAGGAUGUCGCCAAGGAGGAGGUCUUCACAAAGCGUGUUCAGCAAGCCCACGGGCAUGGAGGCCACGGGAAUGAAGAUGUGGAUGAUUCAGCGGAGCGUGGGCACCACGUCCCCAGCCACAGAAGCCACAGCCAUGAGGACGAGGAUGAGGACGAAGUUGUGUCCAGCCAGCGUCACCAUCAUACCAUCAGGCAUGUGCAUGGAGGCCACGGGGAAGAGGAUGAUGAAGAUGAGGAGGAAGGGGUUGUCUCCACGGAGUAUGGACACCCGGCCCACAGGCACAGAGGCCACAGGAAGGAAGAGGAUGAGGAUGCCUCUAAUGAACAUCCCCAUCAGCUCCCCAGCCACAGACACCGAGGCCAUGGAGGAGAAGAAGAAGAAGAAGAUGAUGAUGAUGAUGAUGAUGAUGAUGACGAUGAUGAUGAUGUCUUCUCCACGGAAUAUGCACACGACACCCACAGGCACCACAGCCACAGGAAGGAAGAGUAUGAAGACAUCUCAGAUGAACAUCCCCAGCAGGUCCCCAGCCAUGGACACCAAGGCCAUGGAGAAGAAGAAGAAGAAGAUGAUGAUGAUGAUAAUGAUGAUGAUGAUGUCUCCACUGAGUACGGGCAUCACACCCACGGGCACCGAAGCCAUGGGAGGGAAGAGGAUGAAGACGUCUCAGAUGAACACCAGCAUCAUAUCCCCAGUCACAAACACCAAAGCCACAGAGAAGGAGAUGAGGAAGAGGAUAUCUCCACUGAAUAUGGACACCAGGCCCACAGGCACCGAGGCCUUGGAGACAAAGAAGAUGAGGAUGAGGAUGUGUCCACUGAACAUUGGCACCAGAUUCCCAGACAUACUCACGGCCUUGGAGAGGAGGAGGAGGAGGAGGAAGAGGAGAUCACAGUCAAGUUCAGCCACCACGUUUCAAGCUCCCAGCCCCAAGGCCACAAGAGCACUGAGGAGGAGGACUUUCCAGAUGAAUACAGAUCAGCGAUCCCGGACUAUCACCAUGAAGUCCCAGAGGAGGACAUCUCUGACAAGCUUGGCCACCAGGCUCCCAGCCACAGGCAACAAGGCCACCAAGAUGAAGGAACUGGCCGCAGAGGGUCCAUCAAAGAUGAGAUUAGCCACCAGCCCCAAGAACACAUGGGGACCAAGGACAGAAGCCAUUUGAGGGAGGGAGAGUCUAAGGAGAAAGAGAAGGAAGAGGGCCCCGGCUCCCAUGAGGAAGAUGAUGAAAGUUCAGAACAGGGAGAGGAACGCACCCACCAUGGCAGCCUGGACCAGAAGGAUGAAGAAGAUGAGGAGGAAGGUCACGGCCUCAGCCUGAGUCAGGAGGAGGAGGAGGAGGAAGAAGAGGAGGAGAGGAGGGAAGGGAGGGCUGAGGUUCAGGCCCCACUGAGCCAAGACCACCAGGAGGAGGAAGAGGAGGAGGAGGAAGAGGAGGGGCUGGCGGAAGAGAAGCUCCCCUUCACCAUCAUCCCUAACCCACUGGCCAAAAGGGAGGUGGCUGGAGGUGGCUCCAGUGAGGAGGAAAGUGGUGAGGACACCGGUCUGCAGGAUGCCCAGGAGUACGGGAACUAUCAGCCGGGGUCCCUGUGUGGCUACUGCUCUUUCUGCAAUAGAUGUACUGAAUGUGAGAAUUGUCACUGUGACGAGGAGAACAUGGGAGAGCACUGCGACCAGUGCCAGCACUGCCAGUUUUGCUACCUAUGCCCGCUCGUCUGCGAAACGGUCUGCACCCCAGGAAGCUACGUCGACUAUUUUUCCUCCUCCCUGUACCAAGCCCUGGCGGACAUGCUGGAAACUCCGGAACCCUGACCCGGCGGCGGCGCGGCUGCGGCGCAGACGCACCUCCCUCGCCCUCCAACCCCUGUCCACGAGCCAUAUUUAUUGAAUUGAAGUUGAAUAAACAUGUUCCCCGAAACCUCACA